AUGUGGUUAAGGAACGUACUCGUUCGGUUUCGCCGUGGAGCUCAAUCUAAAGACCUUCCAGGCAGUGGAACCGACAAAGACGAUGCAGACCUGGAUGACCAUUUCCGGCUCAUUAGCCCUGGCUUCUAUGACAUGCUCCAGAGCUUCGACUACACAUUUAUUCUGGCGGGCUGCAGUCUCAUAUUCUCCGCGGUCCUCUGCAUCCCUCUGCGGCCUAUACUGCGUUGGGAGAAACGCCGCCGGGGUGAACCCGUUCCUCCCACUAACGGAGGCGGCUGUUUCACUCGCCUUUUGCGUCGCAUUCGAGAUCACUUCCGG